AGAGCAAGAGGUCCUUCAGCGUUCUUCCAGGAAGCAAACGUGGUCUUCUCGGGGUUCAAGGAAUUCUCAAGAGGUUUCCACCAUGGCGACGUCUGGGCCAAUGGAAGAAGGUGAGGAGAUGCGUCUUUAUCAGCAAACGCUCCUCCAAGAUGGGCUGAAGGACAUGUUGGAUCAUCAGAAAUUCCUUGACUGUGUCUUGAAAGUGAAAGGGAAGGAAUUCCCAUGCCACAGAUUGGUCCUGGCGGCCUGCAGCCCCUACUUCAGGGCUAUGUUUCUCUCGGACCUAGAUGAAAGCCAGAAGAAGGAAGUCAACUUAGAAGAUGUGGAUCCAGAGGUCAUGAGUAAAAUCCUCCAUUACAUCUACACUUCAGAGCUGGAGCUCACAGAGCAGAACGUUCAGGACAUUUUCUCAGUAGCCAACAUGUUCCAGAUCCCUUCUAUUUUCACUGUCUGCGUCUCCUUCCUUCAGAAGAGGCUCUGUCUUAGCAACUGUCUAGCCAUCUUCAGACUAGGAUUGAUGCUGGAUUGUGCCCGUUUGGCGGUAGCUGCCCGUGACUUCAUUUGUGACCGGUUCUCGCUUGUCUCCCGCGAUGAAGAGUUUUGCCAGCUCUCUCCCGACGAGCUGAUUGCGAUCAUCUCCAGCGAUUCCCUCAACAUUGAGAAGGAAGAAUUGGUCUUUGAGGUGGUCAUGAAAUGGGCCACAGCCAAAGACCGGGACAGUCGGGUCAAGGCACUUCCGGUGGUCUUUGAAAGCAUCCGCUUCCGUCUACUGGACAAGUCUUAUUUUAGGGACAAGGUGGAGAAGAAUGCUGUGAUCAAAUCUAGCCCGGACCUUCUCAAGAAGAUCCAGUUGGUGAAGGACGCUCACGAGGGGAAACUAACGAUGGUGAAGCAGAAGAAAGAGAAGAAAAACGAGGACCAGAUUGUCAACGGACAGUUGGAUGAAGAAGAGAUUGAGAAAGAAGAGGAGACCCUACCAGGGAUAUUGAACGAUACGAUGCGUUUUGGGAUGUUCCUUCAAGAUUUAAUCUUCAUGAUUAGUGACUCAGGAGCUGUGGCUUAUGACCCGGGGGCCAACGAAUGUUAUUUUGCCUCCCUUUCUGCUCAGAUUCCUAAAAACCAUGUUAGCCUGGUCACGCGAGAAAAUCAGAUUUUUAUAGCCGGUGGACUUUACUUCAAUGAAGAUGACAAGGAGGAUCCAAUGAAUUCUUAUUUCUUGCAGUACGACCACCUCGAUUCGGACUGGCUGGGGAUGCCCCCAAUACCAUCCCCCCGUUGCCUGUUCGGACUCGGAGAAGCGGAAAACUCAAUUUUUGUGGUCGGGGGAAAAGAAUUAAAGGAAGGCGAAGAGACCCUGGACUCCGUUCUGUGUUAUGACCGGCUAAAAUGUCUGAGUGCUUUGACAGUGUAUAACCCCAAGAAAUUUGAAUGGAAGGAACAGUCACCUAUGAAAAUCGCCCGUUCUCUCUUCGGGAUCACCGUCCACAACGGCAAAAUUUACGUGGCAGCAGGAGUGACCGAUUCUGGUUUGACCAGUUCGGUGGAAGUUUACGAUAUUGCAACGGAUAAAUGGGAACCUUUUGUUGACUUCCCCCAAGAACGCAGCUCCGUCAGCCUCAUCAGCCUCGCUGGCACCCUCUAUUUAAUUGGCGGCUUUGCCACCGUCGAGAGCGAAUCAGGAGAACUGGUUCCCACCGAACUGAACGACGUCUGGAGGUAUGACGAAGAGGGCAAGAAAUGGGAAGGGGUUCUCCAAGAGAUCCAAUAUGCCUCCAGUGCCACGUUUCUUCCUGUGCGCCUCAACGUCUUGCGGCUAACCAAGAUGUAACUGCGUGUCCGAAUCUACCUUGAUGAUGUGGGGCCUUUCGCACGUGCCUCAUUGCCUUUUCUCUGUGCCAACUUUGAGAAGUCUCCAUUGUGGUUUCGCCUCAACUGGGUUUCGUUCGGUCGAAAUAA